GAAACACACACACACACACACACACACACACACACAAAAGGGGCCCCGCUGGUUCAAGUGAGGAUAGGGACCGUCCUGAGCUGAACUCAACGUUACAAAUAGGAGCUGCGGUAUUCCAAGUGGAGCAGAGUGAAGGUGCGCCACGCCGAUGAUAAUAUUAAGUAACAGCGCUGAGUGGAUCUGCAGUGUUAAAGCAGAGAGGGAGAAAAGCGGAGGACUCCGCACCGGCGGAGAAAACUGAUCAUUCUGCAGAGGUGGCACUGUUGCUGCGUCCUCGCCUCCCACAGUUCCUGACAGUGUAGUGAGCACUCAGCAGUACCCUCAACGCUCAGCACCCAGGAAAGACUCACUCGACCCCUGGCAGGCAUGAUGUUUGAGGAGGAGUCCCAGCUGAUGAGGGGGCAGCAGGACGUGGCUGUGCUCCAGGCUCUAGAGUCACCUACAGCAGCGACUCCAGGUGGAGGUGGAGGAGGAGGAGGAGGAGGAGCAGAAGGUCCUCUGUCCUUCACAGACGAAGCUGUGUCCAUCCUGACCUCCAGCAGCCUGUUGGCACGCUCCCUGCUGGGCCGUGCCUCUGCCGUCAAGCGCAAAGAGAGCCCUUCUUCCAGCAUCCGGCGCAAGCGCGAGUUCAUCCCUCUUGACAAAAAGGAUGAGGGCUACUGGGACAAGAGGAGGAAGAACAACGAGGCAGCUAAGCGCUCGCGAGAGAAGCGGCGUGUGAACGAUAUGGUCCUGGAGAGCCGCGUCCUGGCUCUGCUGGAGGAAAAUGCUCGUCUAAGGGCGGAGCUGCUGGCUCUGAAGUUCCGCUUUGGCAUAGUCAAAGACCCCUCCAACGCCCCAAUUCUGCCCCUCACUACAGCUCCUCACCACACCGCUCAAACCUUGACUCCUCACUAUUAUCUCCACAGAGGGGACGGAGGCCUCCCCGGUUCCUCCGCCUCACACCCCAACAACCAGACAGGCCAGCUGAGCACCAGGGGCUCCAGGGAUGCUGGUAACAUGUCGGAGGACUCGGGGUUCUCUACGCCAGGUGGGUCCAGCGUGGGCAGUCCGAUCUUCUUUGAAGACCGGCUGAGUGACCAUGGGAAAUUAUCACCACACAGGGCAGAGGAGCUUGGCUAUGACCUCCACCACUCCCCCACCGAUAUCCAUCACACUGCAGGGCUCACCGGGGGGAAGCUGGACCAAGCUGAGUCGAUGAAAAACCUUCCUCACAAGCUGCGUUUCAAGACGUCCGGCAGCGGGGACGCGGGUGAUGCUGCAGGGGACAACAGCAGCGCCAGACGCAGCCCCACACUGUCCACAGCAGUACGGGAAGGUCCGAGAGAGGCACCUAAAGGACUGAGUGGAGGUGAAACGGGAGCAGGGCACUGCACUGGCUCCUGGCUUCAGCAGCUGGAGGGGGAGGAAGGAAGGAGGGGGAGACAAUCCCCUCAAUACACCAUGUCAGCUGCCAGCUACAGCCUCCAGCCUCCUCCGACGCAAGGACAAACUGAGGUCCAGUAUAAGCACGAGAACACUCACCUGAAGUCGCAGCUCAACUCUCUGAGCGAGGAGGUGGCGCAGCUGAAGAAGCUUUUCACAGAGCAGCUAAUGGCCAAAGUCAACUGAGAACCAGCGCCGUGAGUCAGUCGGUGUUUGCCAAUGUCUAGACUUUUAAGGACAAACAACGUUUUGCUGUAUGUGAGCCUAGAAAUUCAGUGCUGGACCAUACAGAUGUUCACAAGGCCAGAUAAAACUCAACUUUCACGUCUAACAAACUUUUAACGGUGUGUUGUUUUUAUUUCAAAUACUGUAUUAUAUUGUAAUAAAUGUCUAUAAACAUUCAUCUCAUAACCUGCUGUUUAACAACUAAUAAAUCUCAUCUCCAAUCAAUGUUGCUCAGACAGGGAGUCUUAUCCGUAAUAGUGUUAAGUGUGCAAUAGUUUCUCUAUCCCAUACACUGUGACAACUAAAAACGCACAACAUCUAAGUGUUUACAUCACGUCACGACAACGCAAGUUUAACUUCAUCGCCUCACGCCAUUAAGAGACAACAAGUUUUGGUGGUUCUGAAGCCACAUUAAAUUCAGUUGGAAGACAGCAAGCAGGCUGUUAACACACCAAGAAGGAGGAGGGGUUGGCAGUUUUGUAGUCAGAGUGGUAUGACUUACUGCACGUUUCCCACCGCGGAGACAGGUCUGCUCGAACCUGUAAACACAAGCAGAGACAGACAGUAAAUACACACAGAAAUAAAAUGAUGAGCUGCCAAAACCUCCAUUGGUCUUGAAGGCUAAAAGAAAAAGGCUUGUUCUGAAUCAGUCUGUGCAUGCAAAACAUGUGCUAGGCAUGUUUCUCAUCACUUGUUACGUGUCACACGGUCACGGCAAGGAGCUCCUCUUAGGAAAGACACUGUAACAUGUACUGUUUUGGUGUUUCACUUCUCACUUCAGUCUCUGCUCAUGCCCAGUUUGAAUACAUUUUAUUACUGUCAUGUCAUCUGUACUGAGGUGUUGACAAGUUUGAUGUCUGCUGUCUUUCUGUACAUUUUCAUAUUAAAAAUAAAUAGAUUUGACAGAUUCAA